GUACCUUGGGCGGUGCUUUGUUGGCAGCUCCUGUUAAUGUAUACACUACACCAGGCUCACUACUGACUACAGAUGUAAUGGCUACGGAGGCUGCGGGUUUUUCUAUCUGUGAUAAAAAGCCAUCAGGAAUUAUUACCACAUCAACGAAAAAGUUAUUGAACUCUGUAUACCUAUGUCGUAUAUUUUGCACUACUAUGGACAUUGAUUAAGUGGCCUCGACGAUGACGUUCUGGAGUCAGAAAAGUGUCAACUUCCCGUGAAGACUGAUGUAGUGGUUGUGAUGUUUAAUAUACCGCCUCUGAAUCAAGUCGACCAAGACAGUUGUCAUCCCUUAGGACUUAAUUUAUGUUCAGAUAGAAUAUUAUAUUAGCUAGUGUAAAAAAAUUAAAAGCAUCGUAUGCUAUGUAUUCUGUAAAAGAGAAUUUACCUGUAACACCAGUACUAGUGCUCGGAAAAUCCACACCCUUUACAUUAUGUUAUUGAUACAGGAUUUUACUCAUUUGGCACUAAUGGAUUGGCAAUGCUCUGAUUAAAGGACUAAAACAAGCAUCAUGAAGCUACUUGUAAUCAACGUAAGGGGAACGGUGUUUAAAACUAAGGCAACAACCCUUGAAAAGGUUCCGUCGGAUUCCCCCCUGGCCAAUCUUGACAAGACAUCAGAGUUCUUCGAUUCUGAGAGUGGAGAGUUCUUCUUUGACCGCAAUGCAGAAGUGUUUGACGCCAUCCUGGAUUACUUCAGUACGGGUAGGCUACACAUACCCAACUCCGUGUGUGCCGAGCGGGUCAAAGAAGAGCUGUCCUAUUGGAAAAUUCCUGAGAGCCACCUCGCCAUGUGUUGUUGGAAGGCGUAUUACCAGAAAGAUGAGGAUAUGGAAGUGCUCAACAAACUAUUAAGUAACGUACCUUGUGUUGAGAACAAGACCGACAUACUUGCCACUGAUUGUUGUGAUUCCCCAAACAUUAUAAAAUCUCCGGAAAACGGACAGGAUAUUAGGAGUCGAACCUGGACUUGUCUCAACAACCACAGGAAAGGCGUGCUGGCUAAGGUAUGGUAUAUUGUGUUAUGUUUCUCCACGGUUGUAUCGACCGCCAUUUUUAUUGUCCAAUCUAUCCCGAUGUUCCGUGUGGACGCUCCGAACACUCUGCCUUUCCCGUACAAUAUUACAUCGAAACCUCUCCUCAUGUACUGGUACACAAUGCCACACCCAGUACUUAUGACCAGCGACGGAAUAUUCAACUUCAUUUUUAUGGUUGACUGGCUUCUUAGGCUGUACGCUUGUCCGCAUAAGGGGAAAUUCAUGACGGGUUUCCUCAACAUAUUGGACCUUGUGGCAUGGGUUGCCAUCUGGAAUAUAUUGUGGAUUGAGUUCUAUAGAGACAUCUUCCAUUUCAAAGGAGCGUUUUUUGUGUUGUUUCUGAUAGGUACGUUGUAUGCCACUAGAAUUUUCCGAGUGUUUAGACUCAUGCAGCAUAACUGCGGUGUGAAAAUUCUAAUACUUUCUCUGAAAUCGAGUGCGCGUGAGUUAUGCAUACUAGCUAUAACAUUUGCAUGCGUUUCUGUGAUAUUCGCAUUUCUGUUGUAUAUGUCAGAAUUCAAUAGCACCUCAAAUAUUAAAUUCCCUAAUGCCCUAACGGCAAUGUGGUGGGCAAUAGUUACCAUGACAACAGUAGGGUAUGGUGACUUCUACCCUACAACACCACAAGGAUACUUUAUUGGUGCUCUGUGCUCGAUUACCGGUAUUUUGCUAAUUGCACUUCCUGUCGCGGUGACGUCAUCAAACUUUAGUGACUUUUACAACUUUAAUAAAUUUAGAGCGAAAUACCAGGAGGCGUUAACAAGGGAAGGACGAGAACUACCUGACCACAAUAAGGUAGUGGAGGUAGUCCCCGCCACCGCCGUGUAGAUGUGUGCUGGUCUUGGUUAGUCAAGUUCCGGUACAGUUCUAUAGUCUACUCGCGUAAUGACAUCUAAGUGGUACAGGGUAAAAUGACCCGGUGCUUGUCGACCGCCAUUAUUCAUAUUGAUUGAAACUUCCACUGUUCACCUAGAUGUGCUUAUGCUACAUUGUGCUUUAUCAACAUUUUCAAUAUUGGAGUGAAAUAAAUGGCUCGUGAUUGUG